AAAAUUCAUCUUGGAAAGUGCAACCCAUCAUGGCUGCCGCAAAAGUCGCCCUCAUCACGGCAAGCUCAGCAGGCCUGGGAGCCCAGAUAGCCCGCGUGCUGGCACCAGACUUCCGUGUGGUGAUCAAUUACUCGUCCAACUCGGAGCGCGCACAAUCCCUCAUCAAGGAACUCACGUCGAUACCCGGCAGCUCCUCGCAGGCCAGCCCGCGGUUCCAUUUGAUCCAGGCCGACAUGUCGUCAAAGCCGUCAGUGCAAAGCCUCGUCAAGGAAACGAUUGAAAAGAUGGGCCGUCUGGACGUGGUGGUAUCCAAUGCCGGGUGGACGCGCAUGACGACCUUCACAGACAUCGAGCAGCAAGUCAACGACGACGACUGGGACAAGUGCUUCACCAUGAACGUCAAAUCCCAUCUCUGGCUCGCCUACGCGGCGAAAGACGCUCUUGCUGCAAACGAGGGCUGCUUUAUUUCCACUGCCAGCAUCGCCGGCGUAAAGCCUAGCGGCAGCAGCGUCCCCUACGCCGUUACUAAGGCCGCGCAGAUCCACCUCAUCAAGAGCCUGGCCAUUAUCCUGGCGCCCAGCGUCCGCGUCAACAGCAUUAGCCCCGGCAUGCUGCUCACCGAGUGGGGCCUCAAGUUUCCAGAGGCGAAACGCAAUGCGUCGAUUAACAAUACCAAACUGAAGAGGCUGGCGACGGUUGAGGAUUGCGCGGACCAGGUCCGGACACUGAUCAUGAGUGGCAGUAUGACGGGCCAGAAUAUAUGUAUUGAUUCGGGGUUCUCGGUGUAAUGAGUAAGC